AUGAUGGCCACGGUGAUCUGGGCAGUGAAGAGCAGCAGCAGGAGCCCAAAAUACUUUUGGGAUAAACAGGGAAGCGGCGGCGGCGGCGAUGAUCCCGGGGCCGGGCCUGGGGGCGGCUCCGGAGAGCCCGCCCCUCCCCCGGGGGGCGGUGGGGCUUCCUCGGACCAGAUCAUGCAGACGGGGGCGAUCUUGCUGCGGGCGUUCGUGCGGGACCGUGUGGAGCGCUGCGGGGACCCCCAGGCUGUGGCCCUGAGUGUUGCCGAGCUGGGUGAGACCCAGCCCAGCAGCCCUGACACCAAACGCCUCAGUGAGUGCCUGCGGCGCAUCGGCGACGAGCUCGACAGCAACAUGGAGCUGCAGAGGAUGAUUGAGCAGGUGGGGUGUGAUGCCCCCAAAAAGCUGUUUUUCCGUGUGGCCAAGGAGAUGUUCGCCGAUGGCACCUUCAACUGGGGCCGUGUGGUUGCCCUGUUCUACUUUGCAUGCAAACUGGUGCUGAAGGCUCUCUGCACCAAGGUCCCGGAGCUGGUCCAGACUAUCCUGCGCUGGACCAUGGAGUAUCUCCAGGAACACGUGCUGGCCUGGAUCCAGGCCCAGGGCGGAUGGGAAGGGCUCUUGUCCCACUUCGGGACCCCCACCUGGCAGACCAUCACCAUCUUCGCCGCUGGUGUCCUCACGGCCUCGCUGACCAUCUGGAAGAUGUCUUAGACUCUCGGGGGGGCCAUGUUUUGUUCUCCCCCACCCCCGGAACCCCUCCCCGGACUGGCCCUGCCGGCAGGGAUGGUGCUGACCCCCAGUGCCUUCCAGGGCCGGGGGGUUUUUUAACCAACAGGACUCGCUCACCUGGAUUUUGGGGCAGUGGUUGAGCUGGGGGGACCCUCCCCUCUCUCCCCCAGGCCCCCCCAGCCCUUCCCAUAAGUGUCCGGAGGCCACAGCUAGGAUUUGGGGUUGGGGGUGAAUGGGAUGGGGACACCCCCCCUUCCCCUCCCGUGCCCCCCAGUCCCGGUGCUGGGCCUCCCUGGCCUCGGUUUGACCCCAGGACUUGUGGUGCUUUGAGUGGGGGGGAUCCUGCAGUUCCACCCCCGAUAUGGGGGUGGGUGGGGUCGGUGGGGUGUCUCUGUGACCCCCCCCCCCAAAAUGAGGUGGGGGGUUGGGUUACAGCCAUGGCUGUAGGGUGAGUAUUUAUUGGGGGUCCCCACCCCCCAAAAAGGGCCCCCCCAGGUGCAAUACCCCCCUCCCGGGGUGGAGGCUCUCAGGGUGGGGGGGCCGCAUCCCCCCCGUUUACACCCCCUCAACCCCCCGGUUUUGGAGGUCCCGUGUCCCCGAGGCGGGGGGGGCAAAGUGACCCCUUCCCCUAACCCCCAUGGUGCUCUCGGGGAUGACGUCACGGGGAACCCCCACUCCCAAAAAAUGGGUGGGCUCUGCCUUCCCCCCAUUGCUUUUCUCCGUAGUGUUUUUUUCUUCUCUUUUUUUGUACCUUGGUUUUUGUAUCUCGGGAAUUUCGAUGGAAAUAAAAGGCAAAUGCGA